AUGACUCCCGGCAUCAAAUUCCAUCGCGGUGGACAAAAAGCACUGAAACUAGAGAGAAAAACUAUAGAAACACUGGAAUUUCCAGAAGAUUUUGAGUUUCACAGUGAUAAGGAACAGGGAAGAUACGUCAAGAAUUUCCAAGACGAUGUGACGCGUUUCGACGAGAAAGUGUCGAAAAUCACCGAGACUAUCUAUGAUACGGCGACUAGCGCAAUCGCCACGUGGAUUCUUGAUUCCGCGAGGAAUCAGAAGACGUUGAGCGUUUUCUCGUCAGAUGACCCGAUUGGGAAUCUGAGAACGGCGCUGGUUCAGUGUAAUUUCACAGAUAUUUCGAGGCUGAUUCGAGAUUUUCGCCAAAAAACUCUGGAUUUUGAGGACGAGCGAAGGGAAAUAAGAGAGACGAUUGUUACAGAGAAUGAUGCGAUUCAUGAGAUUAUUGAUAAAGUUUCAGAGAUGCCCUCGACUCCUGACACGACUCGAAUCAUCAUCAUUCGUCAAUUCGAAUCGCUCCGCCCACAUUUUCUCGACUCUCUCGUCUCUCUGCUCUACUCGAAUGCCACGUGUCGCUCGGUGAUUCCACGACUGCGUCUGAUGAUCUGCGUCUCCACAUCUCCUGCUUUUUUCACACAAAAUUCUGAAAUUGUGACGAUGAAUAUGUUGGAAUUGAAGCAAUUUAAGUUCGAAAAAUUCAAAAAAAAAAAAUUCCAGUUCACACAACUCGAAGAUGUGUUCAUCAAGAUUAUCUCAACAGGAAUCCAUGCGUUCUUCGAACCGCCACGUCAGAAGCCCAAGAAAAUCGAAGAUGACGAUCCGAAGCUUCUGAUGAGCUAUGAUUGUGCGCCGGCUCUAUUUUCCGGCGAAUUCAUGAAAUACCUAAAAAACCGGUUCCUGGCAUGCGACUACUCUGUCUCGGCUCUCAUCCGUGCUAUUCAAUUCGCCCUGCUCCAAAAAUACAUAGAAGAUCCGCUCUGGCGAAAAGAAACGCAUUCAGAAGAGCUUCAGAAGUACGACGACGUCCUUCGUCUGUUCCUAGACGAAUUUGGAGAACAUUCUAAAUCAGAAUUCGUCCGAAUCCAUAUGGAGAUUCAGUGGAACUCGGAAUUCUGGAAAUCGCUUGAAGAGGAGCCAAUAUUCAGGGAGAGAAAACAGUUUUUGGUGAAUUCCAGGACGAAUUUGGUGGAAUUCGGCCAGCGGAUGCUUCAAAAAACGAAAAAUUGGGAUUCAAAGUUCUCAAAGAAGCUAGAAGAUCUGCUUGAAGCUCUGGAGGACGCCUACAACACGACAUCCGGACCAAUCGACACACAGAAGACUUCAAAUAACUCGAAAAUGACAUUUUUGGAGCUAAAAAAGCAGCGGGAACAAGCGAUGAUCGCCAAACAGCAGAAUCCAGUCGCCACAGCCAAAUCCGCCAUUUUCACUCAUAUUAUGUCAUUCUUCCAAGCCACUCUACGCCCAUAUCCUGCUACGUGGCGUAAUGUAGUUGGUACGUGGCAAGACAAGAUGACGUCGUUGGAUUCAUCAGAUGACGUGGAUAUCGAGAAGGCGUUGCUCAGCAAGCACCUCGAUGAGCCGGUUUCCGUCGCGUGGCGAGCGUUGCUAUGUCAUAGGAACUUCAAAAUGGUGCCGAUGAAUGAGUGGGCGGAGGCGUAUUUGAAAAAUAUCAAAUUGCCCAAAAAAGAAGCCAAGGGAGCGUUCUUUGCCGCCGCCGGCCAACUGGAGCAUAUCGGACUGAUUCGAGGAGCAGCUGAUAAGAAAUCAACGAAUAUCAAUGUUCAAUAUCAUCCCAUUCAUUUUGUUCCGAGUCUUUGA